AAAAGACAAUAUAGUUUUUAAAAACAAAAAUGGCGGAUGACGAUGAAAUUGAUAUUCUCGGAGAUUUUUCUUUUAAUUCUUGUUUUGCGCAGAAUAACCAAGGAAUCCCAUCAUGUUCCAACAGAGAAGAUACUGUCCACCCACAAUGGCUACUGGACUCUACAGCAAAUAACUGGCAAAGGGACAGUUUGGCAAGGAAAAUGUCAGAAAGUUCUGUGGAUAGAGAUUCUACUGAAGUGUUGACGACUUGGAAUCAAAUGGAACGUGAUUUGCUUGCAAGAGAAAUGGCUAAAUAUGGUAGAAACACUCGUAAAAUAUCAGAAACAAUCAAAACAAAAACUGAAGCAGAGAUUCAAGCUUUGAUAGAAGCAGAAUAUGGAGUUAAUUUAGAUACUCCAAUUUUUGGGUUAGAGAAGAAUGAGGAACAUGGUGACGUGCCUGCCGUUGUUCAGGAAGAAAUUGUCACAGAGGAUGCUUCAAAUACUGCUAGAACCACCAAGAAACCGUUUCAAAAGAAAUCAUACAAUACUAAAUCAAAAAUGAGCUUGUUAAAGUCAAAUGUAAUUGAGAAUAUUAAAAAUGAUGCUCUAGAUAUAAAACCUUCGGAACUUAUUUAUGAAGAUGACUUGAUAAUAGGGUCAACAGAAUCAAUAGGUUCUGAUAUGGAUUUGACUGAUAUUGUGUCAAAGAAUAUAGGUAAAGUUCAAAAGACCAAAAUAGGAAAGAAAAUUGGUAACCACAGGAGAAAAAUAUCGAGAAACUAUGAUAAUAAAAAGAACAAGAGUAAAGAUCUGCUGAAGUCUCCAAAAGGGAGACAAACGAAAGAAUCUAGUCUCUCUGAGGAUAGUGCAAAAAGUCCCAAAAUGCAGAUAGUGUUUAGUUCAGGGCUGGCACUCCCGGUGUCUGAAGGAGAACAAGUGAUAAAAAUAGCAAAGAAGAAAGACUCGGAAUCAGAAAGUGAUAUAGAUAUAGACGUAGACAGUGGUGAAGAAGACGAUAGCAGUAGCAAGCAGAAGGAAAAAGUGUCUAAAUCACAAGUAGAGGAGGCCCCAAUAGCUAUGCCUCUCAGAAAGUUUGAGCCAAUGCCCAGAAGACAGAAGAAGAAGAUUAACCUGGAUGGAGGUGGAGGUUUCACAAUAAUGCACACAGAGAAUGGAGAUCUGUACGAGAUAGCGUCGGAGCCUCGCAAGGAGAGGCAGGCUAGGAAACAGCCUAUACAUCUUAUCGAGUGCCACAUUUAUAAUGCUGACAGACCUGCCCCGUUCUUCGUAUCGCUCCAUGUGUCCGCCCUGAUCAGUAUGGACGUCCACGGGCACAGUUCCCGGGGGGAGGUGAUGGGGCUGGUGGGGGGAGAGUACUCCCCCCCGCACCUCACCGUGGCUGCCUACAGGCACGCCGCCGCCGCUGCGGGGUCUACUCACUGCGAUAUGGAUCCUGUGUCCCAAUCACUGGCGGGGUGUUGGCUGCAGUCCCUUGGGCACACAGUAUGCGGCUGGCAUCACUCCCACCCGCGCUGGUCUCCGGCCCCCUCGGCCUUGGACCUUCGCUCCCAGCGAGCGUUCCAACGAGCCUUACACCCGGCACCUGCGUUGGCAAUCAUAAUCUCGCAACACUGGCCGCCUGGACGCGACGCUUCCAGAUAUAGGUGCUUAUAUAUUAUUUAUUUACUAGCAAACCAGUGAACCAAAUGUUCACCAAAACCUGAUUUCUCGAAAACCGGAAGUGCUACGUUACUCAAAUCCGGUUUGUAGUCUUAUCAGACUAUUCUUAACUUAUAACUUAAAUAUUCUCUUUAUCUAUCUCUUACGGUUUGGCCGCUGAAACAGCACCACAGACAGACAGACGGACUUGUCUAAUAGAUAAGAGAUACUUUUCUACCACCGGCGCUGGUUACACGCCCUUCUGUUACAUACGGCAGGUAAUUACAGAGCGGAGUGUCGCAAGGAUCACUGCUGGGACCGCCGUUCUAUACUCGAGCUGAUCUCCGUUACCAUAGCGGAGUGUCGCAAGGAUCACUGCUGGGACCGCCGUUCUAUACUCGAGCUGAUCUCCGUUACCAGAGCGGAGUGUCGCAAGGAUCACUGCUGGGACCGCCGUUCUAUACUCGAGCUGAUCUCCGUUACCAUAGCGGAGUGUCGCAAGGAUCACUGCUGGGACCGCCGUUCUAUACUCGAGCUGAUCUCCGUUACCAUAGCGGAGUGUCGCAAGGAUCACUGCUGGGACCGCCGUUCUAUACUCGAGCUGAUCUCCGUUACCAUAGCGGAGUGUCGCAAGGAUCACUGCUGGGACCGCCGUUCUAUACUCGAGCUUAUCUCCGUUACCUUCGGCCUUAAACCUUCGUUCCCAGCGAGCGUUCCAACGGGCCUUACACCCGGCACCUGCGUUAGCAAUCAUAACCUCGCAACACUGGCCGCCUGGACGCGACGCUUCCAGAUAUAGGUGUAUAAGAAUUGAGGACGAAGACUCAGACGCGGACCCGCCGGCCGGCUACCAGUUCAGCGUGAAGCUGGUGCCCGACCUGUCUACCGACAAGUUGGCCGAUCUGCUCGACCAGUUGGCCAGCAUGUUGGCCGACCGCGCGCACGACGACCUCAGCGUCGACGUGAACUCCGACGUCUGUCCGGAGGCCAAGAUGACGUACUUGGAGAAGUGUAUAUCGAGCGUGUCGCACCACAUGCGAUCGGCUGGUUACGAAGACAACGAUAUUGUUACCCAGAGGCUCGUACAAGGCAUCAGGGAAGUGUUCAGAUAACGACGGCUGACUCUAGCUUGGUUCCAAUUGUUCACCGUGCUCCAACUGGCCGGCGUAAUCAACGCCAUCUAGCGGGAGACGCGGGAAGCUAGUUUCGCUGCAAACAAGAUGCCUCGCAGAAUGAAACUCUAAAGAAGUGACGACACCAAGAAAGAAAAUAAGCAUUCGAGUACAGGCGAUUUAAUGAUCACGCGGGUGUGUCAAUGGCAAUAAGUAAAUCCAGAUUGUGUGUUCGAUUUGACUUUGUAUAAAUGAAAUUAGUAGCUAAUUUUCUGCUGUUCUUUGUCUUUCUACUUUCCGAUAAUCUUUGUAUAUAAGCGGCAGCAGUGCGUAAAAAAUUGUACCUGUUAUGACAAUACAAAGUGUCUAAAUAUUAUUUCUUGUGAUUAACAACUACAAUGGUUUUAAUGAACACAAUAAAAAAAAUAAAUUUUAAAAAACUGACUUUUCAUGCGACUGAAGUGAAACCUACAAAAAUGUGAACACGCUAAAGUCCUUCAUGACUAGAGAUACGUCUUAAAGACAACACGUGUGUUAAAAUUCAACUCUCCAGGUCAAAAUUUAGUAUUUUAUAUACCGUAAGUGAGGGUUACUUUAGCUCGGGUGGGUAACUUUGUCCCAAAUCAAAAAUAUUGAACUUGCUGCCCGAUGUUAUCUCUUGGGUGACUGUAAUAGUUCCAGUUGAAAAUCACUGAUAGCCAUAUAGGCGCGUAGUGUGUUGUUUUACCGACAUUGUUCCUGUAUAAGUUGUCAUUGUAACGCGGGAUUUUUUGUAACUGAAAUAGUUCGCAGGUUCAUGCGCAAACUUUUUCAAAACUGUGGUUUUUAGUAAGUUUACUAUUUUUUCUUUUAAAGUUAUAUUUUUUAUUUGUUUCUUAGGUUUUCACGCACAUCACUCAUUAAAUAAAAUUAGUUUUUACGGGUUAAUGCACGAAACUUUAUUUAUUUAUUGACGUUUCGUAGCCUUUACAGGCUACGUCGUCAGAAUUAAACUAAUUUGUCGAGCUACCUUCGAAAGACCUUUCUUUCGAAGGUAGCUCGACAAAUUACUUUACCAUUCUUUUAAACAAAGUUAGUUUAUUCCAAGAAUAGAGGAUAAAUGAAAAGCUUUCGAAUAUGGCACAGUUCCAGUUUAUUCUUUUAAAUGUUACAUGUGCUAGAUAAAAAAAUAAUACAGUCCGAUUAGUGAAAUCCUUUUACUAUUAUUAGUUACAGUUUUCUGUCGACUUUUACAUGAAUUAUCAUUUAAUGAAAGCAAUAAUACUUCAGUACGUCAAUAUUUAAUACAAAUGUUUACGUACAAUAGUGUACAUUCUAACUUGGAAACAUUAUAUUUUCAUUUACAAUUUUAACAAGCAAUUUCAACUCGACGUAUUUUUGAGCCCUCGAGGACAAUUUGGCAUUUUUAAAGGUACCUUUCGGGAUCCUAAUGUAAUGAAAGUGCCUUUUACCGCGUAACUUAAUUUGAAAUUAUAAAGUUCAUCUGUCUAUACAUAUUGUCAUAGGACCGCGUUGCGGUCACAUAAAAUUUUGUUUAUACAACGUCUCAGACACAAUAGCUAUAACAUAUUCAAUACAUAACACCACGUUUUAACAUUAUUCGAAACAUUAUUUUAUUAGAAUAAAGGUGUUCCACACUGAUGUUAGCGACUGUUGGUUACAGUGCCCCAAGCGCGUACGACAGAUCCGUAUUCGUAUCACCGACGUCAAAGUUUCUAUGGAAACCAAACAGCGCCCCUACCGGACGUAAGAGCAAACUAGUUUUUCCAUAAAACUGACAUUGGCGAUACGAAUCGAAUCUGUCAAAGUUCGUGCUUGAGGCCCUGGUUCAGUUUUGUUUUGUCAGUGAUUUUUUUCCCCUGAACUUUGUUAACAAUUUGAGACGGUAGGUACGAUUUCGCCAAAAGAGUUAUCGACAAACUUUGUAUUUGAACUGUUAAGUCUCUGAGCGUAUUCUUAUGUUCAAAAUGUUCAGUCGGUAACUUCAGAGCGAGAGCACCUUACUAGUACGCUAGUAAGAACAACCGAAUCAAAAAAUUUGCGAUUCAAUGGAAAGCACUUUGGCAGUGGCAGAAAAUGUGAAGAAUGGAUUCGAAAUAAACAAUCUUAUUUAUAUGUAGAAAAUUCAUUAAUAUCUGCGUCCGAGACGUCCUGGAAGGCGCUCCAUUGGUGCUCUUAGAUAAUAAAUAAUAAAAAAAAAGAAUUAAAUUAAUAAAAAAUAGAGUUCGAAUCGUAGCAUUAAAUCUAUAUUUACAAGUGUUAACUUACAUUCUAAUUAUAAGCAUCAACUAUGAAAAAUUUAUCAACAUUGAAGGCACAUGUUUCCGCACCCGAUUCUCAUAAUUGUGCAUUCGUUAGGUGCACACUUUUCGCUGGCAACACUCCUAAACUUUUUAAAUAGUUCGGUCGGCGAUAGAAACUUAUAACACAGAUAAAUAAACUACACUGGGGGGGGCGGGGGCAAUUAUAAACAUAGGCUAAACGCAAUUGGCAACAAAAUGGUGUGCUUUUAUCGCCGACCGCACUAAUGGACCGGACAUGACAAUCUAACUUAUUUAAUAAUUUACAAUUUAUGCAUGUAAUAAGUACUGUACGGAACUGAUCGUUCCACACGCUGCGCGUUCGACAUUGUCGAAUUGGAUUGUCAAAGUCGAACGCGACAGCGAGCAGAGCGAGCGUGGACUAGCUAUGGGAACUAGGUUGACUUAGGGAAACUCAGUCUGACAAUCAUUUCACAUUAGCAACGUACAGUUGAGUAUCGCUGACGAGGUUAUACUGUUAACAGCAACUUACGAUUGGUGAGAUACUAAUUAUAUUAAAGGAACCAUCUUUAAAAUAAAUGUUUGCAAUGAUAUACUGAAGCAUAAGUAGGUACAGUAGUCGCCACAAAAAAUAUAACCCCGUCGGCUAUUCGUAAGACAGAGUACACAAAUUUUAUUCUAACUCCUAUUUCGCUAAUUAGUCCUAUUCACAGCUGCAGAACGGAAAUAAAUGUAUAAUAUUUAAUUUACUGUUCACUUAGUGAAAUAAUUCAUUGGAACACAAUUGAUGAUCUAAUUGAGAUCCCGCAAUAAUGAUUGGAUUUUGUGAAUUUGAUAGACCACAGCCGGAGACAAAACAUGCGUUGAUCUUUCUUAAAAAUAUCUACAAAUGAUAUGUCGUGUGUUGGCAAAACAUAAUAGAAAUAUUGUGGGUAUUAAGUGAAUGUCGAGUAACGCACAUUUUGUCUGCGACUGUUAAACUCAUUACAGUAGGCAUGUCGGCAUGUCAUUCCCGUAUCCCCAAUUAUAACAAAGUAUAAGUAUAAUCAUAUUUUAAACAGAACACAUCGCGUAUAUCUAAAUAAUUAAUUUAAAAAAAAAAUAUAAAAACUAAGCAGUCAUUCAUGUAACACUAGGAAUAUUAUUACAAAAAAUUUAGUAACCAUAUAAAUCUGGAUUAAAAAAAUAUCUCGUACAGUAGUAAGCGUACUCGGCUAGCUCCAAAUUAAUCGAAAUCAAAGCUAAUAAAAACACAAUGAGGAACAGAAAUCGAGCCCUUACCGCCAAAUUAUCGUAAGCGACAUUCGCCAAAUUAUCGUAAGCGACACUUUUGUCGAAAUGCGUUUUUUGUGGAAACUAAUAUUUUAAACCGUAACGGACCCAUCUCUGUUGAUAUUUCCCUCCAAAAGAACACCGUUAUAAUAUAAUAGAGGGAAGAAUAGAGGGAAAUAUCAACAGAGAUGGGUCCGUUACGGUUUAAAAUAUUAGUUUCCACAAAAAACGCAUUUCGACAAAAGUGUCGCUUACGAUAAUUUGGCGAGUGUCGCUUACGAUAAUUUGGCGGUAAGGGCUCGAAGUUGUAUACACAUAGAGAGGUCUCUCGCGAACGCAUUUAAAUAUUAUCAGUACACGAUUCAAAUAAAUACAGAAGAAGUCGGUGCUCGGACACUUCAAGGUCAUAAUAGACUAUUUGACAGAAUGUAAAUAAAGUAAUAGGGGUGAUGACGGGGUAAAGUAAACGAAAUUCUAUUUAGUCCGUCAGUAAGAUGAUCAAAAAAUAAUGGACACGUAUUUUUUCUUUGGGCAAUCAACCAAAAAAUGACAAAGUUAUAGCGCGUCAAAGUUUGGGAGUAGGGGCUCGUGACGUCACUUUUGAGUGAAUUUUCACUUAUAAGUGUACUCAAACGUGACGUCAUGCGACUUUUCAAGUCAAUAUAUCUCUGCAAUGUUUAUAUUAUGUGAAAAAAGAAAAAAUACGUGUCCAAUACUUUUUUAUAAUCUACCUGAUAAACGAAGAAAAAAAAUUAGUCAUCAUCCCUAUUAUUGUCAUGUGUGCUUAACAUGAAUAUUGGGAGCAAAUUAACUAUUCUGACAAAAAAAAGUUUUUGAUAGUUAUCACUAAAAACAUGAAAUAGAAAAGUAUUUUAUGAUCUAUUGUCACGUGACCGAAAACUCCUAGCAUUGGGGGCGCCUAAAAUGACGUCACCUGCUUGUAAACAUGCUGUCGAAGUGACAUUACUUUGUACUGUUUGACGUUUUAAUUAGAGCCGUGUGACGUCACCUGCCUGUAAGACUCUAGAGAGCUUUUUUUUGUUUUUUUACUGAUAUGCGCAACAGAAUUAUGAAUAUCCAUCAAACAUCGUUUUUAUGGAGUAAAAAAUAAAGUAUGGACGACUUUAAAACUUGUCAAAUAGCCUACUGUUUGCACUCGUUGUCAAUGGUGUAUAAAAACUAAAUGAAAUAUCUAGAUCGAACGCAAACGAUUCUCACCUUAAAGUGACGAAACGACCACCUUUUCGACUGCAUCAUCUACUCUCGCUGCCUGAUGCCGGGUCUUUAUCAUUUCUUCUAAUAUUCGAUAAAUUAUAAUAAUACAAAACGACUCAAUAUAUUUAUGUAUCAUACACGUAGUCAUUGUAGUCGAGAUGAACAAACACUAAUUUUAUAUUACUGACGUGCACAAACCGCAGUUACGCAAACUGCAUCCAAAACGAUAUAUGCGAAUUUAAACAAAUUAUAUUCACAGGAAAUGUCUUAGCGUUUAUUAUUAAUAGUAAAAUCUAUUUAGUUCUGCUUUAUGGUUCAAAACCUCUGAUAUAAUCUGCCAUACCGGGUCAUUGGUCAAUAUAAUAAUACUAAUAAAUGUUUUUAUACACAAAAUGUACACGAUAUGUAUAUAAAGGAUAUCGCACAUGUUAGGAUACAAUUUGGAUAACCACGUCCUAAAUUGGCAAAAAAAUGUCUACAGGAUGACAUACAAAAAAGUUGUUUAUACUUUAUAUUACUAAAAAUCAUGAAAUAGAAAAGUUUUUUAUGAUCUAUUGUCACGUGACCGAAACCUCCUAGGAUUGGCGGAGCCUAAAAUGACGUCACAUGCUGUCGAAGUCACAUUACUUUGUACUGCUUGACGUUUUAAUAAGAGCCGUGUGACGUCACCUGCCUGUAAGACAACCUGUAAUUAACAUGACGAGUAUAAAAACUGUUCGUUAUAUUUUAUUGUAACCUUGAAUAAACAAUCUGGUACUAUUUGUAUGUGUAUCUGUUUAAUCACUUUAAUUUUAACGUAGUUUAUGGUUAUAUCUUUGUAAAUUAAUUACAUCGGGUUUUAAGUUCAAAACAGUCUAUCUCAGCGAAGUGUUCAUAGUGUUGAUCUAAAAAGUUAAUGUUCUAUAAUGUCCUAAAAUAUUUUUCUUCUAUCCUCAGAUUCGUUUAGACGCUUUUAAUACCGGUAACUUCAAGAAAGACUACUUUUUAGUAAAAAAAAGAAUGCCUCUUGUAAGUGUGAAAAAAUAUCAACACAUGACAUCAUCACUGUGAAUUAUUUAUAAGAAAAUUACAAUAAUUGUCAUUGAUGUAAAAUACGAUUAAAAAUAAUUUAUAAAAGUCAUGAAAUCCCAAUUUUGCUAUUUUCUAUUCAGAUUUUCAGUUUAUUUUAUUUUUUACACGAAAAUAUUAAUAAAUGCAGUACUCGCAAUAAAUGAAUUAUGAUUUGUGUCGUGUUAAUCGGGUCUAUUAGCUGCUGUCCGUACGCAAUAUAAAUAUAUGAGUCAAAUUUUGUACUAAUUACACUUGAGUGUCAUUGGACGUUUGCUUUUAAGCAAUAUAUUUCCAACGGCUGCUUAAACAAUAUAAAAAUGGCAUAGUGGCAAAGACUCGAGUCAAUUCAAAAACUAUGUUCACACUGAACUAAUUAUUUUCCAGUAGCAUGUUACAUAUUACCUUUUUGUGCAUACGAUGACCAGUUUAUAAAUGAAAAUGGAAAAGAAUACUUUAAGUUCGCCCGUCUGAAGUUAGCUGCGAGUUGAACGAGUUUUACGAAGCAUAUUACGCGUUAUGGAACUCCAUAAGCAGCGAGUGUACCGCAAUUGAGACGAAAAGCUAAAUUUUUCUUGCCUAGUAGGAACACAGAUUUAAUACUGUGUGUCAUUCACACGUCAAUCUCGCUUCACAACUUCACUACCUUAAGUGUAUAAAAUAAACAACUUUUUUUCAACAAUAACUGUUUCACUGAAACAAAUGGGUUAUAGUCAAUUUGUUGUCCAAAUUUUAUGUCAAUUAGUAAAACGAUAAGUACGUACUUAUUGUACGAUCAAGUAGUGUCUCCUACAGGUGAAGAGAGUAACGAGUGUAGUGUUUAGAUGGCUGUAACGAGUUGGGUGUAGUGAUUGUGGGUAGUUGGGUGUAGUGAUCGUGGGUAGUCGAGUGUAGUGAUCGUGGGUAGUCGAAUGUAGUGUAGUCACAGAGCACCCCCAUUAGAGACAGCAUUAUUCAGAUUCUGCUCGAAAUUAAAAUCGCCAAAGUUGUGGAGGAAAAGCCGCGUUUUGAUUAGACACGUCAGUGUGACAUCACGGAAAGAUGAUAAAUGAAGCACAAACUUAUAUAUUGCGACGUUUAGAGGCAUUUCACUCGGUAAUAGGGUAUUGCUACCAUCCAGCUUCCUACUAAUACACUGGCCUGAAAAAUUAAGCAUCAUUCACUUUUAAAAUAGGGGUGAUGACGGGGUACACAGUAAACGAAAUUCUAUUUAGUCCGUCAGUUAGAUGAUCAAAAAAUAAUGGACACGUAUUUUUUCUUUGGGCAAUCAACCACAAAAUGACAAAGUUAUAGCGCGUCAAUGUUUGGGAGUAGGGGCUCGUGACGUCGCUUUUGAGUGAAUUUUCCCUUAUAAGUGUACUCAAACGUGACGUCAUGCGGCUUUUCAAAUCAAUAUAUCUCUGCAAUGCUUAUAUAAUGUGAAAAAAGAAAAAAUAUGUGUCCAAUACUUUUUGAUAAUCUACCCGAUAAACGAAGAAAAAAUAAUUAGUCAUCAUCCCUAUUGCAAUAACUUGUUAAGUACAAAAAAUGCAUUUCCGCAAUAAUUCGAUUCGAAAAGCAGUCUAAUUUUAUACUACAGUUUCAAAGAAAGCUGAAAAGUAGCGAUAAAACGAUUUUUUUUUAUUUUUAAUCACUAACUUCUAUAGUUUAGAAAAAAUUGCAAUUUCAAAAUGUGAUACACUUAAUUUUGCAAGCGAGUGUAUUAUGAAUAUGAAAUUUGUAUGUUUAUUGUUACUCAAUCACACAAAAACGGCAGAACGGAAUUGACUAAAAUUUGGCAUUUAUAUAUGUUUAUUGUUCCUAUGGGUUUCUAAAAGAAAUUAUAGUUACUAAUUAACUUUGACACAAGCGAGUGCCCUUGUAGGCGGUCUUUAGUGGGAUUAUUUUGCGAGUGUAGUGUAAUGAGUUAGUGUGGAUAGUAUGGGUAGUUGAGUGCAGUGUAGUGAAUACGGUAGUGUAGUGUAUAGUGACGGUUAUUUCAGUCGAUGGGUUUGACGCGCGCCAUAACUUUUCCCUCGAACAUGGGCAGGAUGUCGGCGUCGCUGCAAACCUCUUCCUGGAUCACGGUGUCCAAAUCCGCGCAGUUCGUUUUGAAGAAAUAUCUGCGUGAGAAAUAACGAUAUUGCUAUUAAGAAAGAAAGAAAAAGAUUUAUUGACGACAUACAUUAACAGUUACAAUAAAUACACAUAAAACAUAAAACAAAAUGUCUAUCGUCAACUAGGCCCCACCUCAGCAUAAUGUUGCAACGACAAAAAUUUAUUGCCGUUGCAACGCUAAUAUUCUGGAGGGACCUAAUUUGGACAUCAAGGGACGGAGACACUAGACAAUCACUUAAUAUACAAAUAAGAGAAGUUAUUAAUCAUCAUCAUCAUCAGCCUCUCAAUGUCCCCACUGCUGGGGCACAGGCCUUCCCUAUGGAUGGAAUAGGGAGAUUGGGCCAUGACCCAGCACGCGGGCCCAGUGCGGAUUGGCGGGUGCUAACGACUGCAGAUGCAACCGGCUAAACGUGCCUUCCGAAGCACGGAGGAACUCGAGAUAGAAAUUUUUGGUCACCCAUCCAAUGAC